UAUAUCAUCAUGUAAGUGAACCCUCGAAGUGCAGUGUAAAUGUUUUACAGAAGUGUGUAUAACAAUACACAUGGACUUUUGAAGAAGAGAAUGAGAGAACUUGUGCCUGUGAAAUAAGCUUUAUUACGUGAUGUCAGAAAGAGAUAUGGAUCAAAGGAAGUGUGUAAAGUAACAGUAGAUCAGGCCAUAGGAGGUAUGAGAAAUGUAUUUGGUCUAUUUUAUGAUGCAUCAUUGUUGGAUGCUAAAACAGUAAGACAUCUAUAUUUAUAAUAUUUAGGGUAUCACAAUGAGAGACUACAAUAUUCCAGAAUUGUAGGAAUAUCUAUAAAAAGCUGAGAAUGGGCAUGAGCCAUUACCUGAAGCUUUGUUUUGGUUAUUAUGUACAGGUGAUUUUCCAUGUAAAUAUAUCAUAUUAUCUAUUUUAUAGCUGAACAAGAAUUUGCUGAUGUUUAAUAAGAAUGGAAAUAAAGAGGAUAAUUGGAUAGUGAAACAUAAAGGUUCAUUUUGAGUUUACCAAAAACAGCUCAUCCAAUGACUAUGUUAUCCUAAACAUUAUUGUUUUUGUAAAAGGACUCUUAAUUCUAAUAAGCCUAUGACUAAGGAAAAGUUUCAAAACCAUAAUAUUGGGAAUAUUUCUAUGAAGAUGCUAUGGAUUUAUUGGCUAAGAUUCCAAGAGUAUCUGCCUUAAUUUAUAGACAUAAAUACAAGGUAUUUAAUAAUCUAUAUAUCUUUUAGAAUGGUGAAAUCAUUUAAGCUGAUGAUAAUUUAGAUUGGGCUGGAAAUUAUGCUCAUAUGCUUGGAUAUAAUAAAUUUGAAGUUAGAGAAUGUUUAAGAGGAUAUUUAAGCAUUCAUGCUGAUCAUGAAGGUGGUAAUGUAAGUGCUCAUACAACACAUUUGGUUGGUUCAGCAUUAGCAGAUCCAUAUUUAUCAUAUUCUGCUGGUGUUAAUGGUUUAGCUGGUCCAUUACAUGGUCUUGCUAAUUAAGAAGUACUUAAAUGGUUAUUAGAAAUGAGAGUAUAUAUCUAAUAUCAUAUUUUAAUAGGAAGAAUUAGGUGAUAAUAUCUCUAAUGAAAAAAUAUAAGAUUAUGUUCUUACAACAAUUAGAGAAGGUAGAGUUAUACCAGGAUAUGGACAUGCAGUACUUAGAUAUACUGAUCCACGUUUUAUUCAUUAAAAAGAAUUUGCUGCUAGACACAUCAAAGAUGAUCCUCUAGUUAAUUUAACUGCAUAAUGUUAUCAUGUCAUUCCACCUGUUUUAAAAACCAUUGGAAAAAUAUAAAAUCCAUGGCCGUAUUUAUUAUAUUUUAUUAUCAUUAUAGAAAUGUUGAUGCUCAUUCAGGAGUACUUCUCUAUCACUAUGGAAUGAGAGAAUUCUAAUAUUACACUGUCGUUUUUGCUGUCUCAAGAGCCCUUGGAUGUAUGGCCAAUCUUAUAUGGUCAAGAGCUUUCGGAUUACCAAUCGAAAGACCUGGAUCUAUUACUCUAAGAUGGAUUGAAGAAAAGUUUGGAGAAAAUUAAAACAUUAAAUGAAACAAUUAUAUAUUGUUUACAAAUACCUAU